AUGCAGAGUGCUUUAGUAGGCUCCUGGCACAACAGUGGCUUCUAUGGGCACUACAGAGGGCAGUUCAAGAGUGAAAGUGCUCGAGAGUACCGCCUUGCAGCCAAGCCCCAGCCUCCAGCAGUGUUCCUGCAGCGAAGCCAGGAGCCAGCACAGCAACACUUCUUCUCCAAGCAUGACAACCGCACUUCCUUUGACAAAGGCCCCUGCUGCCUGCUGCAGGGGAUCGGAAGGCGGAAGAACCUGGAGCGUCUGUGGCAGAAACACACCUUCCUGUGCUGGGCACCCUGUGAGCUGGAGUUCCAUCAGCAGCGGCCCCUUGAGUCCUCCUACCAGGCCAACUUCCGGUCAGGCCCAGGACCCGGUGGCCUCCCUCAGCGCCUCGUCCACUUUGUGCAGAUCCAGCCUCACUAUGCCAGCACCACCUACCAGGAGAACUUCUGCCAGCCAUCCCCGGGUGACCAUUACGGCAGCAACAGCGUGAGACCCCAGGCCGCUGUCACCAACGCACUGCCUAAACUCCCAGAGAUCCCAAAACCCAAGCUGCUGCAGCAUUACCUUCAUGCUGGGGUCUCCGAGUGCCUCAACUGGUCCAGAGCAUUAAACAAGAAUGGCUGA